GUUGAAGCUUGAAGCCGUAAACAUGACAGUGGGAAGUUCCCCCCCUUGAUUGCCUGUAUCGUUGGGAUAUCCACACGACUUUUCUCCCCUUCUUCUCCCAUAUAUACCCCCGGCCCCCCCAUACUACAUUACUUAAAAUUGGAUGAAGAAUCAGAAUGAGCACACCUGAGUAUAGGACAAUGGUUCGUUGUACCGUCAGCCUUACAAACACACUGGCAGGCGACAUAAAAAAUAUGGGGGACUUGUUUUUUCAAGAAGGUUUCAUCUCGCCUGGUGUUCACGAAAUCACAAGGUCACAUAUUAAAGAGCCAGCGGAGAAAGCUCGCGAGCUUGUUGGAGCUCUAACGAGUAAGGUGAAGACGUCGAGAUGUUUCCAUGAUAUUGUGCGCAUACUGAUGAAGCAAGGAGACUGGAUCAAUGAUCUUAUUGAAAAACUGAGAAUAGAGUAUAAAGAAAAUGAUGGGAAGAACUUUCCAGUAAUAGGUCGAAAGAGUGUUCAAAGUGCUAGCCCUCCUCACAGUGGCUCACGGGAAAACAACAGUUAUAGGAAUGGUGCCAACAACAGGAAAAAAACUCAAAAGACCUUUCCUCAGAAAGAUAGAGAAGGGCAUUCAUGUAACUCAACAAUUUCAGAUAAUCGUGGAGGUUUCUUGACAUACUGUGUUCUUCCGAUCAUGACCAUAUCAUUCAUUACGGCAGUUAUAUAUAUCGGCUAUAUGGUAUUUUGCGUGUGGUCUACGAAUGCAAUUUGCCCAGGCAAUCAGAGUGCAGGUUUCUUGACCAACAAAAACAAUGCUAGACAACAUUCAAAGGAAGGAACAGACAUCUGCCAUCGUAUUGUCACCCAAGAAGACAAGAAGCUCGUUCACAUGUCGCUUAGUAUAGUCGGCGACUGGUCAGAUCUGUGUUUGUAUCUCGAUGUCAAAGAUAAGAUUCGGAAUGCAUUAAAAUAUGCUGCUAAGCAAGUGCAACAAAAGAGAACUGAAUGCGUGGAUGCUUAUUUGGAGGACACAGUGCCACUGUGCUUUGAGAAGGUGGUGAAAGUGCUGUGUGUGCUAAACCAGUCCAACCGUGCUAAAGAGUUGGCAGAAAAGAAAGACGUGGACUUUUUGACCGUUUGUGAACCGGCACUAUGAAACAAUUUGUAUAGUUAUUUUUUACAUUUUGUACUGAUUAGAUCUAUAAUAUUUUGUAUUUUGUAACUUACUUGGUGCAGCUUAA